AGUAUGAAGCGUAGACUGGGAACGGUGCUUUGUAAAAGAGAAUGUCGCUGACAAAAAAUAACAACAACAAAAACGUCCUCUUUCAUGUUAGGGGCGUGGUUUGAGGUGAGCAAGCUGUGCUCCUAUUGGCUACGACAGUCUCUCGGACGUCCACGAGGAGGAUCAGCCCGUCCGCCUUGAGCUUGUGUGCCAGUGACUAAGACACAAGGAUGCAAUUGUAAACUUGACAUGGUCGCUUCUGUGGACACCUAAACAAAACUUUUGCACAAUUUGCUCAUUCGAAAAUGAGGGGGUGGAAAGUUGGCGUCGAGCAGUGAGGAGUAGGGACGGCUCACCUGGGGACGCACGUUGGAAGUUCGCAGGAAACUCAAAGCGAAACGAUGGCCGAACACGAGAGCCUCGAGUUCGGCAUGGCUGACUUUGUUCUUCUGGACAACGUGACCAUGGAGGACUUUAUGGCCAACCUCAAGCUCAGAUUUGAGAAAGGACGAAUCUACAGUUACAUCGGUGAGGUGGUGGUGUCGGUCAACCCGUAUCGCUCCAUGGACAUCUAUGGCCGUGACGUGGUGGAGCAGUACAAAGGUCGCGAGCUCUACGAGAGGCCACCGCACCUCUUUGCUAUCGCCGACGCGGCCUACAAAGCUAUGAAGAGACGCAACAAAGACACAUGUAUUGUCAUCUCAGGGGAAAGCGGCGCCGGCAAGACGGAAGCCAGCAAGUACAUCAUGCAGUACAUUGCCGCUAUCACCAACCCCAACCAGCGGGCCGAGGUCGAGAGGGUGAAGAACAUGCUCCUCAAGUCCAACUGCGUCCUGGAGGCUUUCGGCAAUGCCAAAACCAACCGCAACGACAAUUCCAGCCGAUUCGGCAAGUACAUGGACAUCAACUUUGACUUCAAGGGAGACCCCAUCGGCGGCCACAUCAACAAUUACCUGCUGGAGAAGUCAAGAGUGAUUUUUCAGCAAGAAGGAGAAAGGAGCUUUCACUCCUUCCAUCAGCUCCUGAAAGGAGCACCCGAUGCUCUCCUGCGUACGCUGCACAUCCAAAGGGACCCCAAACGCUACAACUACAUCAAAGUGGGCGGCCAGAUGAAGUCGUGCAUCAACGACGGCGCCGAUUUCAAAGCCGUGGCCGACGCCAUGAAAGUGAUCGGCUUCACCGGGGACGAGGUCCUGACGGUCUACAAGAUCCUGGCCACCAUCUUGCACCUGGGGAACUUGACGUUCGGUGUGGACGGCGACGUGACGUUGAUCGAGAGCACCACGCUGGUGCCGGUGAUGUCUGAGCUGCUUUCCACCCAGCAGGAAAACGUGGAGAAGGCUCUGCUCUUCCGCACCGUGGCCACGGGCCGUGACGUCAUCGAGAAGCAGCAUACGGCGCAGGAGGCCAACUACGGACGCGACGCCCUCGCCAAGGCCAUGUAUGAGCGGCUCUUCUGUUGGAUCGUGGGAUGCAUCAAUGACAUCAUCGAGGUGAAGAACUACAACGCCAGGGUCCACGGGAAGGACACGGUCAUCGGGGUGCUGGACAUUUACGGCUUUGAGAUAUUUCCGAACAACAGCUUCGAGCAGUUCUGCAUCAACUAUUGCAACGAGAAACUGCAGCAGCUCUUCAUCCAGCUGGUGCUGAAGCAGGAGCAGGAGGAGUACCAGCGAGAAGGCAUCCCGUGGAAACACAUCGACUACUUCAACAAUCAGAUCAUUGUGGACCUGGUAGAGCAGCAGCACAAGGGCAUCAUCUCCGUGCUGGACGAAGCUUGCAUGAAUGUGGGCAAAGUCACCGACGAGCUCUUCCUUCAGGGACUCAACGUCUUGCUGGCCAAGCACGCCCACUACACCAGCCGCAAGCUCUCACCGACCGACAAGAGUUUGGAGUUUGACCGAGACUUUCGUAUCCGACACUACGCCGGCGAUGUGAGCUACUCUGUGGUGGGUUUCAUCGACAAGAACAAAGACACUUUGUUUCAGGACUUCAAGAGGCUGCUCUACAACAGUUCCAACCCGGUGCUGAAGGCCAUGUGGCCCGAGGGCAAGCUGAGCAUCACAGAGGUCACCAAGCGGCCGCUCACCGCCGCCACGCUCUUCAAAAACUCCAUGAUCUCCUUGGUGGAGAACCUGGCCAGCAAGGAGCCCUACUAUGUCCGCUGCAUCAAGCCCAACGAUGUCAAGUCGCCGCUGAUCUUCGAGCGCGACCGUUGCCGCCACCAGGUGGAGUACCUGGGCCUGCUAGAGAACGUUCGCGUGCGCCGCGCCGGCUUUGCCUACAGACAGACCUACCCCAGAUUCCUGCAUAGGUACAAGAUGAUCUCCAAGUUCACGUGGCCCAACCACGACCUUCCCUCAGACAAGGAGGCGGUCAAGAAGCUCCUGCAGGGCUGCCGCUUUGAUGACGACGUGGCCUACGGCAAGACCAAAGUAUUUGUGCGCACGCCGCGCACGCUCUUCAACUUGGAGGAACAGCGUGCCGAGGUGCUCCUGAGGAUCAUCCUGUUCCUGCAGAAGAUCUGGAGGGGCACCAUCGCCCGCAUCCGGUACCGACGUAUGCGGGCGGCCCUGGUCAUCCUUCAGGCCUACCGCCACUACAAGGUCAAGUCGUACAUCCGCGAGCUGAACCGCCGCUUCCACAACGUGCGUUCCAUGAGGGACCUCGGCCGUCACGUCAAGUGGCCCACGCCGCCCAAAGUGCUGCGCAAGUUCGAGGAGGCGCUGAGGAACAUCUACAACAGGUGGUGGGCUUGGACAAUGAUCAAGGGCCUCAGUGCAGAGGAGACCCUGCAGGUGAGGGCGAAGGUGGCCUGCCUGGAGGCCCUCAAAGGCCACAGGGUGGACUUGGGACUACAGCGAGCCUGGGAAGGAAACUACCUGAAGCGAGACAGCCCUGAUAGCACGGCGUCUUUCACGUUGGUCUCCAGCGAGCUCCAGCGCAAAGACAAAUUCAUGCGGGUUCUCUUUGCCUGCAACGUACGCAAGAUCAACCACUUCCACAAGGCGGAGGACCGAGCCGUGCUUAUCACCGACCGCCACCUGUACAAGAUGGACCCCCUCAAGCAGUACAAACCCAUGAAGAGCAUCCCCCUUUACAACGUGACGGGCAUGAGCGUCUCGCCGGACAAGGACCAGCUAGUGGUUUUCCAUACCAAGGACAGCCGGGACCUGGUGGUGUGCCUGCAGGGCCUGGUGCCUGCCAACGAGAGCCGCAUCGGGGAACUAGUGGGUGCCCUGCUCAGCCACUUCAAGAGCGAGCGUAGGAAGCUGCAGGUGAACGUCAACAGUCCCAUCCACUGCAGCAUGAACGGCCGCAAGUGCACGGUGGUGGUCGAGCCCAAAAUCAACCAGUCGCAGCCAGACUUCACCAAGAGCCGCUCCGGCUACGUGCUAGCCGUCCCCGCUAACUAAACGGCGGCCGGCGACGACGAAGCCCCCCAGCAACCCGGGAAGGUGAUUGACUCGUUUGUUUGUUCUGGGCCCGGUUUACUGAAUCGUCCAAUCACAGCGUUGAAAGGUUCGCACUGCUGGAUCCAUCCACUCGAGACAUGUUCUUUUCUCUUUCUUUUUGUUUUUGUUUGCCGAGUGCAAUAUUGACUUUGUUCUGUUGUCAAUCUGAGAAUAAGUUGGGUAUAAAUUAACGAAGGGUUUAGAAGUGUUCAUUUGAAAUGAUUGUCCAUGCCAAAGGCGUUUGUUGAUUUUCUUUUUUUUAGUUGGGCUGUGUUGAGCACGUCCGAAAUUUAAGGAAAUUAAAAGUUAGACAUAUUUAAAAUAUCCACGCUAAGAGAAUCCCGAUGUGCUAAAAUCCAAAGCCCUCGAUGUGUGACAAAGUCGUAAAGGGAGCCAAAGGUCGUCGACUUGACCGUUGGCCUUUUUUUUUUUAUAUCAGCCUUAGAAGUGACUCGCCAUCAUGCCAAGUUUUUUCUCCUUCCUCCCUCCCCAAAAUCCCAAAUUGGAAAGCAUCCAUGUCACAUGACCCCCCUCCCUCCCGUGUUGCAUGUGUGCCAACUGCGCGUCUUCCCUCGCCAUCGCUCCUGCAUGCGCCAAAUUGCUCGCUGUUGGUUAUUUAUUGUGUCUGACGUGCCUCAUUUGAUAUCCUCUCUGCUUACAUUUGUCAUAUUCUCAUAGCAAUAAACAGUAACAUGCAGUA